GCGGCUCGCACGCUGCGCGCCGCCAUGCCCGGGGACCACCGUCGCAUCCGCGGUCCCGAGGAGUCACAGCCGCCACAACUGUACGCAGCCGACGAGGACGAGGCACCCACCGCCCGCGACCCGACCCGGCUGCGGCCCGUGUACGCGCGCGCCGGGCUACUGAGCCAGGCUAAGGGCUCGGCCUACCUGGAGGCGGGAGGUACCAAGGUGCUGUGCGCUGUGUCGGGCCCGCGCCAGGCCGAGGGCGGCGAGCGGGGCGGUGGCCCAGCCGGAGCGGGCGGAGAGGCCCCGGCCGCAUUGCGCGGCCGCCUGCUUUGCGACUUCCGCCGCGCGCCCUUCGCGGGCCGUCGGCGCCGUGCGCCCCCUGGAGGCUGUGAGGAGCGCGAGCUAGCGCUGGCGCUGCAGGAGGCGCUCGAGCCGGCCGUGCGCCUGGGCCGCUACCCGCGCGCGCAGCUCGAGGUGUCCGCGCUGCUGCUCGAGGACGGCGGCUCGGCGCUGGCCGCCGCGCUCACGGCCGCCGCGCUCGCCUUGGCCGAUGCGGGUAUUGAAAUGUACGACCUAGUGGUGGGCUGUGGUCUCAGCCGCGCGCCAGGGCCCGCGCCCACGUGGCUCCUGGACCCCACGCGGCUCGAGGAGGAGCGCGCCGCUGCCAGCCUCACCGUGGCGCUCAUGCCGGUGCUCAAUCAAGUGGCCGGGCUGCUGGGCAGCGGGGAAGGCGGCCCGACCGAGAGCUGGGCCGAAGCGGUGCGCCUAGGUCUCGAGGGCUGCCAGCGUCUCUACCCGGUCCUGCAGCAGUGCCUAGUGCGGGCCGCCCGCCGGAGGGGCGCCGCCACCCCACCCUGAACCGCAAGUCGGAGCAGCGACGGAGGCCACCAAGGGACCGUGCAGCCACUGUCCUCAGGACUCGACCGUCUGUGUCCAGACUGCAAAGUUAGCUGGAGCACCGGAGAGGAUUGGGGAGGCGCGCAUAGAGCUGAUGCACCAGGCAGCUGGUUGGAGCAGCGUUUUACAAACUUAUAUUAAAGGAACUUUUCCACUUGAGCUGGCUCCCAGCUACAGCACAGUUGAAGAAACCUGUGAAUACAGACUGAUUCCUAAGUUGAAAACAAUUUCAGCUGGGUAACCUGAAAAAUGAGACUUGGAGCUGUUGUGUAAGGGAUGGACCCUCCACAGGCUAGCCAGUGACUCCAAUAUAACUGGGCUACUUUUGAGAGGAUGGACAAGGGGGCUGUGCCUUCUCACUUAUAUUUGAACCAGAACAAAACCAUUUCAUACUUGAGAAAUGUUUUCUGUUGUGGUUCUUCUUGGUACAGGAUUCAAAAGAUCAUCUGAACUGGGAUACUGCAUGCUUGAUCCCCUGGUGUCCAGUGCUGAAGACAGCACUGCCUUAAAUAUACCCAGUCCCUUAGGACAGCAUAAGCAGUAAAGGUGGUUGAAAUACUAAAGCAACUUUAGGGGUUGAUGUGGGAAAUGUACUUUGAAGGAGAAACUGCCCCUUCAGUAACAAAAAGAGUGAGGGAUAGUUGUGUCCUCCAGUCCCUGGUUUAGUGCUAGGCAAGAACACAGCUCAGGGUUGGGUAGCUGGGAAGAGUUUUGUUUUGAGUGGAAACCAGAUCCCAUCCUUGGUGGUGUGCAGAGCAGCACAGCCAGAGGCUGCCUCUGCUGCUGGUAAGAAGUGGGGUCCUGGGCUGGUGUGGUCAUCUGGUGCGUCUUGUCUAGUUUUGGCUCCGAAGAGCAAGGCCCUGAGCAGUGGGAGCUUGGGAGAGGGCAGAUGAGCUGCUAGAGUGCAAGCUUCUGGGUACUGGAAAUAAAGCCUGGCUAUUUCCUAAGGCGGAGCUGGGCUGGGCACAGUGGCUCACAUCUGUAAUCCUAGCAUUCUGGGAGGCCAAGGCAGGUGGAUCGCCUGACCUUAGG